UGCACGUCCUGUCAGUGAAGAAGAAAGUGAGGCAGCACGUGUUUACAACCCCUAAGACGAAUAUCCUUAGAGUAAUUGUGUAACAUUUGGAUUUCUGGAUCUCUAACUCGAAUAAAACUAAAUCAAAAUGCCGAAAGUAAAGCCAGAGAAGAGAAGCAGGCAGCAUCAAGAGGUGAAAAACCAAGGGAUUAUGUUCAACACCGGCAUCGGUCAGCACAUCCUGAAGAAUCCACUGGUGGUCAACGGGAUCAUUGAGAAGGCUGCCCUGAGGCCGACGGAUGUGGUUCUGGAGGUGGGACCCGGUACUGGUAACAUGACAGUGAAGCUGCUGGAAAAAGCCAAGAAGGUGGUGGCCUGUGAGUUGGACGGCAGAUUGGUGGCUGAACUUCAGAAAAGAGUCCAGUGCACGCCCAUGCAGACCAAACUUCAAAUAUUAAUCGGAGAUGUACUAAAAACAGAAUUACCCUUCUUUGACGUCUGUGUGGCUAAUUUACCAUACCAGAUUUCGUCACCGUUUGUCUUUAAGCUUCUGCUGCAUCGACCUUUCUUCAGGUGUGCCGUGUUGAUGUUCCAGAGAGAGUUUGCCAUGCGACUUGUUGCCCAACCUGGAGACAAGCUGUUCUGCAGAUUGUCCAUCAACACACAACUACUGGCUCGUGUCGACCAUCUCAUGAAGGUGGGGAAGAAUAAUUUCCGUCCUCCUCCAAAAGUGGAGUCAAGUGUUGUCAGGAUAGAACCGAAAAAUCCUCCUCCUCCAGUAAACUUCCAGGAGUGGGAUGGCCUGGUCAGAAUAGCCUUUGUGAGGAAAAACAAAACCCUCAAUGCCGCUUUUAAGUCCACUGCGGUAGAACAGCUGCUGGAAAAGAACUACAGGAUUCACUGCUCUGUACACAAUGUGGAAAUCCCAGCUGACUUCAGCAUCACCAAGAAGGUUGAGAGUGUUUUGCAGGCGGUUGAGUUCAGUGAAAAAAGAGCUCGCUCCAUGGACAUCGAUGACUUCAUGGUGCUGCUUCAUGCGUUCAACUCUGCAGGGAUCCACUUUUCUUAAAUAACAGAGGGGACUAAACAGUGCUACGACUCUUAUGUCCUGCCUCUAUAACGAGAGGAGAUGAACUGAAAGACGGUCUGAUCGUUCCUCUUCUGAUGCGCUGCUUGGAGGACCUGAACAUCGAAUGCUGAAAUAGCUGGAGGAAAUGUUCAAAGAUUAUUGUAGGAUAGUUUUUAAGAGCUCAUAUUGAGUGUGUUAUUCUACCUUAAUGAGUUGGGCAUGUGUUUGUCAGGUGGAAGCUGUUCAAGCCCUCUUGAGUGCCUUGACAGUGUGUUUGAGAGUUUCUCAUUCAUUAAUCUGUAAUUAAUACUAAUAUUCUUGCUCUGCAUUUGUUUGUAAAAAAUAAAAACAAACCUCUUUGUGGAAGAGGUAAAUAUUUAAUGAGUGUCUGCAGUCUAUUAAAAACUAUUUCAGAUUGUC